AUGUCCCACAAGGUCAACACAUGUGGCAACCUCUUUGUGAAUGUUGCUGCCCUAGACGUGGAAAACAAGCUCCUCGCCGUCACCUCGCUCGGAGACAUUUCAGUGACUGCUUAUGUUCCGGAGGCAUACUCUAGGGACUACGAGGAAGUAAAAAAUGUUUCACUUAAGUGCACCAACGACGAACUUCUGGAAUAUUUUAAAGAGUUCGGCGUUGUGUUCGUUCAACGCCAGCAGCGUCCGUCGUCCUCGGCCAGCGUCCGGGGAGUGCUGAGCCUGGAUCAGGAGGUGGGACUCAGCGACGCCCUGCUCCUGGAGCCCCCUACCGAGGAGGCCUUCAUUGCCAACCUGCACCAACGAUUCAAGAGGGACCUGAUCUACACGUACAUUGGCAGCGUAGUGGUCUCCGUGAACCCGUACAAAAAGCUGGCACUGUACUCCCCGGACGUGAUUCAAGCCUACCAGAGGUGCAGCAUGUUCGAACUACCCCCGCACAUCUAUGCAGUGGCGGAUGACGCCUACACAUCUCUACGGGACCGCAAUCAAGAUCAGUGCGUCAUCAUCACAGGAGAGAGCGGGGCGGGAAAAACGGAGGCUAGCAAGCUGGUGAUGCAGUACAUAACCGCCGUGUCUGGCAUGGAGGCGGAAGUGGAUACCAUCAAGGAACACUUGCUGCAAAGCGCGCCCGUGCUUGAAGCUUUUGGGAACGCAAAGACACAUAGGAAUGACAAUUCUUCCAGAUUUGGCAAAUACAUAGACAUUGAGUUCGACUUCAAAGGGGAUCCAAUUGGCGGCAUCAUUACAAACUAUCUUCUCGAAAAGUCAAGAGUCAUUUCUCAGACGCAGGGAGAGCGCAACUUCCACUUUUUUUAUCAGCUACUCAGCGGCGCCGACAUCCACCUAUUAAAAAGCUUAAAAUUGCAGCGGAACAUCGACAAUUACUCAAUACUCAAGCACAGCAAGGGCUCUCAGGCGGAAAAUAUCGACGACAAAAGUUACUUUGGAUUAACGAAGCGGUCCAUGGAGGCCCUGGGCAUGGGCCCGGACGAGAUCCACGCUGCCUUCCAGGUGGUGGCCUCGGUGCUCAAGAUGGGCAACCUGCAGUUCCAGCCGCGGGCGAACAUCGACGAUACCGAGGGCUGCUCCCUACUCAAUGAAUACGAGGUGUACGACAUUUGCGAAUUGCUUCGGGUGGAUUUUGCGUCUCUCCAUUCUGCCUUGACACAGAAGAUGGUGGAUGCCAGGCACGAAGUUGUCAUCACGGACCUCUCAGCCAUGGAAGCCACAUAUUCCAAGAAUGCCUUAUGCAAAGCUCUGUACAGCCGCUUAUUCACAUGGUUAGUAAGCCGAAUAAAUGAUAGCAUACGGGCAAAGCGAGUCGGGAAAAGAAGAUGUCUAGGUGUUCUGGACAUCUACGGAUUCGAAGUACUAGAGAAAAACUGUUUUGAACAGUUUGUUAUAAAUUAUUGCAACGAGAAGCUUCAACAGCUCUUCAUAGUACUUACGCUCAAACAGGAGCAAGAGGAGUAUAUACAUGAGGGUAUUCAAUGGGAACACAUAGACUACUUCAAUAAUGCAAUAAUCUGUGACCUCAUUGAAAAGAAUAAUCACGGCAUCCUGGCGAUGCUGGAUGAAGAGUGCCUUCGGCCGGAGCCCGUCAGUGACGACACGUUUUUGUACAAGCUGACCAAGGUGUGCCAGGAGAGCCCCUACUUCGAGAGCAAAGGAUGCAAGAACUUCAUGGCGGACGCCUCCCUGCCAUCUCAGUGCUUCCGUCUCAGGCAUUACGCCGGUGCUGUUACCUACUCCGUUGCUGGUUUUAUUGAUAAAAAUAAUGAUCAUCUCUACCGUGACCUGUCUCAAGCCAUGUACAGCUGCGAUCAUCCGCUGAUGAAGAUUUUGUUUCCGGAAGGAAACCCAAAGCGUACGACUCUAAAACGUCCUACUACGACUGCCACGCAAUUUAAAAUUUCCAUUGGGGCCCUUGUAAAAAAUCUUCAAGCGAAAACGCCAAAUUACGUCCGCUGCAUUAAGCCAAAUGAACUCAAGCAGCCUAUGAUCUUUGAGAUGGCGCUGGUCCAACAUCAGGUCCGAUACCUCGGGCUGGUGGAGAACCUGAAGGUGCGGCGCGCCGGGUUCGCCUUCCGGCAGGAGUACGAGGCCUUCCUGGAGCGCUACAAGCUGCUCAGUCCGCACACGUGGCCUCACUGGUCGGGCCUCCCCGUCGAGGGCGUCACGCUCCUGCUCAGGGACUUGCCCGUCCACCCCUCCGAGUACGCCUUCGGCAGGACCAAGAUCUUCGUCAAGAACCCACGCACGGUUUACGAGCUCGAAGAAUUUCGGCAUGAACGGCUGCAUGAGCUGGCCACCCUGAUUCAGAAGACCUGGAGGGGCUUCGUCAUGCGGAACAAGUUCUUGCGCAUGCGCGAGGGUCAAGUGACCAUCUCAAGCAACUUCAAAUGCUGGAAGGCUCGCCGCGAGUUCUUGCAUAAGCGACAAGCGGCGUCCACAAUCGCUGCCUUUUUUAGAGGAUGGAAGGCAAGAGGAGAAUUCGAGAGACGGAAAAGAUGUUUGACGAGGGAGCAGUUCCACGACGUCGGGCAGUCGAGGCGAAGGGAGUGGGCCGCCCGCGUCCUCGCCCGGUGCUACCGCUUCUCGAAGCGUCGGCGGUACCUGCUGUGGCUGGCACACAACCUACCCUCCGAGUCACCCCUGGACCGGUCGUGGCCGCCGGCCCCACGCUUCCUCCAUACAACCAGUCACAUCCUGAAAAAGAUGUACCACAAGUGGAGGUGUUCCAAGUACAGAAUGAGGUUUGACCAAACAGCUCGAAAUCGAAUGCGAGAAAAGGUCACCGCGAGCAUCAUCUUUAGGGAUCGGAAGGCUUCCUACGCGAAAAGUGUAUCUCACCCUUUUCGAGGGGACUAUGUGCGCCUGCGCCAGAAUGUCAAAUGGAAAAAACUGGCCAGCGAAACCGGCGACCAGUACGUUGUCUUCGCGGACAUCAUCAGCAAGAUUACGAGAUCAAGCGGCAAGUGCGUCCAGGCGCUAUUUGUCGUUAGCACCAACGCCAUGCUGAUCAUGGACCAGCGAACGCUGCAGAUCAAGUACCGCAUUCCCGUGGGGGACAUCUUUAGGAUAUCCCUCAGCCCGUUCUUGGAUGACAUCGCCGUGUUCCACGUUCGCACGACGGAAGCCACCCGGAAGAAAGGCGACUUCCUCUUCGAGACCGGUCACGUGAUUGAGAUCGUCACGAAGCUUUUCUUGGUCAUCCAGAACGCAACUGGGAAACCUCCGGAAGUUAACAUCGCAACCGAGUUCGAAGUUAAUUUCGGCAAGGAGAACGUCGUCCUGGGCUUCCGGUCGUCGGUGAUGACCGACGUCCAGUCCGGCCAGAUCAAGAUCUCCCGGAAGGGCAACCGGAUGGAAGUCGUCUUAUGAGGAUCGCUUCUAUAGGCGGCUUUUUUCAAU